GAAUGGCGAGAGGGAAAACUCAGAUGAAGAGGAUUGAAAAUGCAACGAGUAGACAAGUGACAUUCUCAAAGAGGAGAAGUGGACUUCUCAAGAAGGCCUUUGAGCUAUCAGUUCUCUGUGAUGCAGAAGUUGCACUGAUCAUUUUCUCCCCAAAAGGGAAGCUUUAUGAGUUCUCAAGUUCCAGUGCCACAAGUACAAUAGAGCGCUACCAGAAGAAUAUCAAGAAUCUAUGUCCGAGCAGAAGAAUGGAACAAGCACAGCAUUUCGAAGAAGAGGUUGCAAUCCUGAGAAAAAAAAUUGAGAUCCUUGAGGAAACUCGACGAAGGUUCUUGGGAGAUGGUUUAGAUUCCUCCAGUGUUGAUGAAUUGCAACAGAUAGAAAAUCAGCUGGAGAAAAGUUUAAGCAUCAUCAGGUCAAGAAAGAGUUUAUUGUUCAGGGAGCGAAUGGAUCAGCUGAAAGAAGAGGAGAAAAUUCUCAGAAAGGAAAAUGCAGAAUUGCGGGGAAAGUAUGAAGAGCAACAAUUGGAACUAUCGAUUAGUCCACAGCCCUUACCACUGAGACAAGUAAAGGAGGUAGAAACACAACUCUUUAUCGGACCUCCCAAAAGUUAGAAUUGUUCCCCCCAAAGAAAAAAGAACAAUUUAUCAGUCUAUGUAAUUUUGUAUGAUUUGUUUUUCUUUACUUCUUUUAUUGUUUUUCUUGCUUUUUUUUUUAAUUUCUAAAACACAUUUUAUUUCAUGCUGGCUGGAAAUUAUAAAACAUAAGGCAAAAGCAACGUCUACAUAACUGAUAGAUGGAGUAUUGAAUAGGCUACUUGUAUUGCAACUGGUGAUGUGUAUGUAACAUCAAAAUUGUAGAUUCUAUGUAUUGGUGUUGUAAAACUAAUAAAAUAAGCUAUUAUAGUAGGGAUUGAAAUAUUAGAGAAAGAAGUAGAGGUAUAGAGAAUAAUAUUCUUAUUAUUCCUACUAAUCAAAAUCAUCCCAAGAAGUGCCAGGGUA